AUGAGGAGGCAGAAAAAGCGGAUACCAUAGGAGUAGAAAAAACCAAAGUGUGGAGGCGUACACCAACCCUAGCUAGCACACACUACAGGGAGCGGUGGAUGCAAAUGCACAGGUUAAAAUAAAAGGAGCCUAACACAAGAUAACCCCAUUAACACACAUUCCUCCCUCUCUCUCUCUCUCUCUCUCUCUCUCUCUCUCUCUCUCUCUAGGGUUUCCUUUCUUUUCACAGAUUUGGUUGCGUUUGAGUACAGGCGCAGGAAAUAAGAUCAGCAGCUAGCUGAGAGAAGAAGGAGAAAUUGAGUUUAAAGAAGAAAAUAUAUAUAUGUGUAGAUUGAAAGACAGGAUAUAUUAUUGAUUUUAUAUUUUGAUAAUUAAGGAAAUAAGGAGAUUGAGAUAUACUGAUUUAUAUUUUUAUAUACAUAUAUAAAGAGAAUAGGAGAUAUAUGGGGAGGGGAAGAGUGGAGCUGAAGAGGAUAGAGAACAAGAUCAACCGGCAGGUGACAUUUGCAAAGAGAAGGAAUGGGUUGCUCAAGAAAGCCUAUGAGCUUUCUGUCCUCUGCGAUGCUGAGGUUGCUCUCAUCAUCUUCUCAAAUCGUGGCAAGCUCUAUGAGUUUUGCAGCUCCUCCAACAUGCUCAAAACGCUGGAAAGGUACCAAAGAUGCAGCUAUGGUACAGUGGACGAUGGCAAAGCAGCCAAGGAGCUUGAGCAGAGCAGCUUCCGGGAGUACUUGAAACUCAAAGCUAAAUUUGAGAGCCUGCAAAGGUCUCAGAGGAACCUUCUUGGGGAAGAGUUGGGUCCACUGACUACAAAGGAGCUAGAGCAGCUAGAGCGUCAAUUGGAGGGAUCCUUGAAGCAAAUAAGAUCCACAAAGACCCAGUUUAUGCUGGAUCAGCUAUCUGAUCUCCAAAGCAAGGAGCAAUCCUUAAUAGAAAUCAACAGAUCCCUGAAGAGGAAGCUGGAAGAAAUGUGCACAGACGGUCACAUUCAGCCAUCAUGGGAAGGCGAAGUGCAGGGGAUUCCAUAUGGGCACCAGCCAGCUCAAUCUCAGGGGUUCUUCCAGCCUUUGGAAUGCAACCCCACAUUGCACAUAGGGUAUAAUCCUGUAGUCUCAGACCAGCUGACUGCAGCGACUCAUGCCCAACAGGUCAAUGGGUUCAUCCCAGGAUGGAUGAUGCUUUAGGCGCUGAACUUAUUUUCUACCUAUCUUGUGGAACAUAUUCACUAUAUGCAUUUGGUGCCCGUUAUUGUUAGAAUGGUUUGCUACUUCUACUGAUUCCCCAAAAAACAGCAGUUACUUGGUUUCUGUGGUUCAAGGAACCUUCAGAUAUGCAUGUAAGAUAUAAUAGGGGUGCAUACGAUAUCAUAAAAACAUAAAAGUUGAUUUAUCUCUGUUUUGAACAAUCUGCAUAAGCUUGUUUGCUGAUGUGAAAAAAGGGCACUAGUGGAUUGGCUAACUUUGCGAUGAAUUUAAUCAGUAGUGGUUGUCAA